AUGAAUCCGCAGGAGAGAGACCAAGCAGACGAAGAAGAAGAUGAAGAAGAAGCAGCAGAAGACGACGAAGCGAAGAUGGUGGCUGGUCGAGUUGACGCAGACGUUGCGUAA